UGUCUUUCUACAUCUUCAAAAUCACCAUCUGUGACCAAGAAGCAUGGAGGCAGAAGGCUGUAAUCCUGGUGUAACCAUAGAUUCAGGUAAUCCACUACUAAAAGCAGUGUUUCUCCGUCGCCUGCGGCUCACACGACUGCUCCUGGAAGGGGGAGCCUACAUCAAUGAGAGUGACAGCCAAGGCCAGACCCCACUGAUGGUGGCCUGCCGUACCCAGCAUGUUGAUGCCCAGAGUGCCAGUCGAGUCAAGCUGAUACAGUUUCUUCUAGAGAAGGGAGCAGACCCCAACAUCCAGGACAAAGAAGGUCAAUCUGCACUGAUGCAUGCCUGCCGGGAGCAGGCUGGCCCAGAGGUGGUCUCUCUGCUUUUGGCCAGUGGGGCAGACAUCAGUCUGGAGGAUCAGUCUGGGACAUCAGCAUUGGUUUACGCAGUCAUGACUGGAGACCUAAAGGUGCUGAACUUGUUGCUUGAUGCAUGCAAAGACAAGGGAAAGGAGGUGAUCAUCAUAACAACUGACAAAUUCCCAUGUGGUAAACUGCAAACCAAGCAGUACCUCAGCAUGCCUCCCCUUCGUCCUCUUGACCAGGCAGAAAAAAUGACAUUACCAGCUCCUGCAUCUCCAUCUGAAAUCCAGCUCAUCACAUCUCCCCAGUGCACCUCCUCUACCUUGUGCCCUCCAAAACCAGUCUUUUCUUUUAAAGAAGCACAGAUCUGUGGCAUAAGCUCCCAUCCGUGCUCCCCGUCAAGAUUUCGCGGGCUUUGCCAAGCACCUCUAAAUGGACUGCAGCAGCCUCUACUGAGGCUGAAUUCUGAACCCUGGCUGAAGAUCCCAGCAUCUCUGCUCACCCAGCAACCUCUUGAAGCUUCAGUCUCAGAAAAAGCCCAGGAUUUAAGUCUGACUGAUAACUUCUCAUUCAGAGUUCCUAGACUGGAUGAGGAUAACAGCCAAAACUCUGACAGCUACAAAUGGUGUGAAGCAAGUAAUGAAAAAGCAAGAGAUGGAAAAAAUGAUAGUGCCAAACAAGUUGGACAAAAGAUACCACUACCAGGUCUCAUUUCAUCUCACUCUGCCUCCCAUCCUAAUCUGCAUUCUGAAAACCUUGGUACAGAUUCAGUCCCCUCCUCGCUUUCCACUGGUAAAAUUCUUGUAACACAACUGCAACCUUGCAUGGCUUCAUCAAGCCUUCAUAAUGUCAUUCAAAGACGCAAGCUAGGUGCAGACAUAUACAACUCUGACCCACAAAUAGCUGUAAACAUUCAAAAUGUCCCUGAAGAGCAGAAAGCUAGAGACCUGACAGAUGGCAAGAGGCUGGCGCCUUUGCAUUCCUCUAGCACAAUGGGUUCCAGGGAGUUGGUGUCAGGAACGAGUCAGAGAAUCCUUUCUGGAUAUGAGCGCAGAGGUUCUGGUGCCUUCUUGCUGGAUCUUAACUCACAGGCCAGACCAAGAUCUCUCCCACCUCUUACUAACACCCCCAUCCUUAAUGUUUGUAACCUCAGCAAUGGAAGUAGUUUUUCUGAGAAAGAGUCUGGCCAAAAGCAAUUUUUUCCCUCUGCUCCUCCUGGGCCCCGGAAAGAGCUUACUAGGCGGAUGCUUCUAAGAAGACACUCAAUGCAGACUGAACAGUUCAAGGCCACAGCUUGAAAUCUAGCCAGGAUGCAAGAAAAGUGCAAGCGUGUUCCGACGUGAAUUCUGUUCUCCUGUGAGCCAUGGUGUGUGCAUAUUAAUUGAGGAAAACCAAAGAGUGUAUGCAAAAUUAUUGGAUCCUCAGACAUUCAUGGAUUUAACAACAUAUAAACUAUAGAUUUUUCUGUGCUUUGGUGUGCUGUCUUGUCAAAUAGCUUUAGUGUGCAGUUCUUAAAUAUAGAUCUUCUCUCAAAUUAUAUUUAGACAUUUUGGUCACUCGGAUGACAGAAAGUCCAGCUAAAAACCUGCUUGUUUGACUUUAAUAAAUUGUUCUGGUGUAGUAUUCAGGGCCACCAGAUCCAGCCCUAACUAUAUGCUUUAGCAAAAAGGAAAAUUUUAAGCCUAAUGUUAAAAGUAGAGAUAGUGUCUGUCUCCUGAAUACAAACUGGAAGCUGUUUCCACAUAAGAGGGGCCUGAAACUGAAGGUUCUGCCUCCCAUUCUACUUUUAAAUACUCUAGGAACAAGUAAGCCUGCAGUCAGAGAGCAAAGUGCUCUGAAAAGCAUGCUCCCUUUCAGUUGAGUUGAAGUGACUGGCAUGGCCACUGCAGAAUAUACCAUUUCUUUAUCAUGAGGAAUUCUUAGGUUGAUUUUACUGUAAUGCUUUGGGUUGCAUUGUAUUUGCACCAUAAAGUGCUGGCAAAUGUGUUUUGCUGCAUUUGGCUGAAUCUAAGCAGAGUAUAGUCAAUGCAGUGUUGUGGCAUGUGUAUGUUAGCACAUACCAUAACAUUGCACAAUCUUUGGCAGAUAAUGUGGUAUCCUUCAGACAGCACAGUGACACAGUCCUUCUAUAUAGUUUUCUUUUCAGAUCAUUCUUGUAAAAAAAAAAAACUAAAAAACUAAAAUGCAUUUUUGGAAUAAGGCUGUAACAUGACAAACUGUGGACCAAGUGAAGCACUGUGAAUACUUUCUAGAUGUACUGUAAUUUUAAUUUGGGCUGUUAAAGAAAACAACUAUGUUAAAUCUUGAGUAAUUGAAGUCAUUUUUAGACACAGUCCUUACAUUCAGGGGCUCAAUUGGAAUUGAAUGAUUCCAGUACAGUACUAUUGAAUACUAAAAACAAGCACACUAAAUUGAAUUAUUUAGUAUGCUUUUUCUUUUUUCUUUUUUUUUUUAGGAUAGCUCAUGUCCAAUUUGUACCUUGUUGUUAACCCUCUACAUUUUCUCCCAUAAUGUCUUUUUGGGUAGAAGUAAGGUUAUAAUACAUUGACCUUCCUUUUCAGGGUGUUUAGAAACAUUCUUUUAUACCAUGGAAAUGAUCCUGUAGAUCCUGCAGAAUUUGGAAGAUCAGUUGUUUUCUUCAUUCUCUAUGUUCUAUGCUAAUGAUUUGCUAUUUUUUUGUUUUAGGUUUAAGGAUUGCCUGUUAGGUUGGCCGCAGUAGCUCAUGUCGUGUGUUAAAAGAAAUGGAUUCAAAAUGCAAACUGAACUCCAGAAUAAACACUCUGGAGUUCAACUGUGCAAUUGAUUAGAAUAACGAAACAAUACCCUGCAAUUGUCCACCAAUGGCUUUUAAAAAAGUGUUGCAGUUAAUUUGUACUCUUGAAAUUAGGGUAUUGUGUAUAAAAAUGGCUGUAACAAACAGUUAAUACAAUCUGCUCGAUCGUCCUCUUAAAGCUAAAAUCUGGAUCGUUUCAGUUUAUAUUUGUUGUUAAGUACAGAAUCAAAACUGUCACUGUUCAAAUAAUUCCAGAUCUAUGUACGAAUUAAAUCAGGUAAUGAUGGGAUUAUAGUUUCACUUUUAUUUCAUUACAUUUCACAAAAAAGUCCAAUGAAAUGAUUCAACAUUCUUCUCAGCUGCAAUGUGUUCAUGUGCUGCAGAUGGUGCAUUAUAUACAGGU